AUGUCAGUGGCUGCCUACUGUAUAUUUUGCUAUAGACGAAUAGGAACUUCUGGUCCAGCUACCAAAGCACAUAUACCAUGGAAUGAUAUCAGAAAAAUUGCAAAGAUAACUGGAUCAUUUAUGCUAGGAGGUUUUGUAUUCAUUACAUAUGAAGUCCUGUCCUUAAAGAAGUUACUGCAAAUUGAUACUCAAGCUAUACAGCAAGAAAAGCUUAAAUCCUAUGUAUACGUACGUACAGCUUCUCUAAAUACAAGUGAAUAUCAAGGGAUCACAUACCGAGCCAGAAAAGAAAUCCAUAAAGCUGUGAGGAAAAUUCUAGAAACAGAAGCUAAAAUUUUUCGGAGACCUUUUAAUGAACAAUUUAGUACAUUUGAUGGAGAAGAUCACGAAUGUGCCUUAUGGCUGCUCUUAAAGAGAAGUCAGUCAGAAGACAAAGAGGUCCGACUGCAGGCUGUACAAGACCUGGCAAACAACAGUCACUGGCAUGAUUAUCAGUAUGGUACAGUUGCCCAAACUUGUGAUCAAAGGACUGCUAUAGGUUUGGCUCGAUCAAAAGACAUUGACCUUCGCUUUUUCCUGCCUCCACCACCACUGCCAAAAAUCAAGAAUGAUUAUCCCAUAGAAGAUGAACUUCGCUUGUUGUUAGUAUCUUUACCUCAGACUGGUCUUGAUCCAUGUGUCCAGUACUUCACAUCUCUUGCCUUACGUGAAAGUAGUCAGACUCUUGCUGCACAAAGGGGAGGCUUAUGGUGUUUUGGAGGAAAUGGACUUCCAUAUUGUGAGACAUUGAGUAAAAUCCCUUCAGAAACUGUGGAACUCUUCUGCUUGCAAGCUUUAGUACAACAUUCUAAGGUUUCUUCUCACUGUGAUAAAAUUGAAGCUAAGGGAGGCCUUCAGCUACUGCAGAGGAUAUACCAGCUACGUAAAGAUUCAGCAAAAAUCCAAAGGAACAUCAUUCGCAUUAUUGGAAACAUGGCGUUGGAUGAGCGUCUCCAUGCAUCCAUAGUACGUGCAGGUUGGGUUUCCGUACUUGCUGAAGCAAUGAAAUCCCCACAUGUCAUUCAGUCUUCUCAUGCCUCCAGAGCUCUGGCUAAUCUAGACAGGGAGACAGUGCAAGAAAAGUAUCCAGAUGGUGUUUAUGUCCUGCAUCCACAAUAUCGUAGCAGUCAGCCCAUCAGAGCAGACAUCCUUUUUGUUCAUGGUCUUUUGGGAGCAGCAUUUAAAACCUGGCGACAGCAAGACAUUGACCAGCAUUUGGAUAAAAAAGCAUCAGAAGGGGAAGAGGACUACAGCCAGUGCUGGCCAAAGACAUGGCUGGGUUCAGACUGUCCUGCCCUUAGAAUCAUAUCUGUGGAAUAUGACACCCAUUUGAGUGACUGGAAAGUGAAAUGUCCUGUUGAGGCUCACAGGAAGUCUAUUGCUUACAGGAGCAAUGAACUUCUUGACAAGCUCAGAGCUGCUGGGAUUGGAGACAGACCUGUGGUGUGGGUAUCACAUAGCAUGGGUGGUCUUCUAGUCAAAAAGAUGCUGGUGGAUGCUUCCAAGAAUCCAGAAAUGGAUAAAAUUGUAAACAACACCAGAGGAAUCAUAUUUUAUAGCGUACCUCAUCAUGGCUCCCAGCUGGCAGAAUAUUCUAUAAAUGCCAGAUAUCUUCUGUUCCCGUCUGUGGAGGUUAAAGAGCUCAGCAAGGAUUCUCCUUCCCUUAAAGAGCUGAACGAUGACUUCCUGUCUUUUGCCAAAGAUAAAAAAUUUUCAGUGCUGAGCUUCGCAGAAACGUUACCAACACACAUAGGCAGCAUGCUCAAACUGCACGUUGUACCUCUGGAGUCAGCAGAGUUAGGAAUUGGAGAACUUAUCCCAGUGGAUGUUAAUCAUCUAAAUAUUUGUAAGCCAGAGAAGAAAGAUGCUUUCCUCUACCAACGUACAUUGAAGUUCAUCAGAGAUGUUCUAGCCCAAGAACUUGGAGACUGAGUUUUUGCUAUCCUUGCCUAAUUAUUUCUUCCAUUUGGUGUAACACAGUAAGUUCUUUUCCUAACAUUUGUUAGGGGAUAUGCAGAAGUACAAGAUGCUAUGUCAAUAGUAGCUGUUACUAAAAGUUUUUGUACCUCUCCAACUUGUAAAAUAUAUUCAAAACAAAUACAAACUGAAGUCCUUUAAACUUGGCAAAAAGUAAAUAUGUGUUGCUUAGAGUGACCAUGAUCUGUCAAUAAAAUGAGUGCCAAUUCCUCUUCCAAUUCAGUGGAAGAGAAGUUUCACUUAGUCAUUUGGAGCAGCACAGCUAGACUCUACCGAGAGUGACCCAGAUUAUAUCCUUGUGGCCAAAGAAAACAAGAGAGGCAUACUCUGAA